GAUCUUGUGAGGAGCAAAUACGAUGAGGGGUGAGCUGAGAUUUGCCCAAGGUCAUAGGUGAGAGGGGCCCUGGGGCCUUGAACCCAAGACCCAGACUGAGUCCCACCCCUUGUUGUCCUCAGUGAAUCGCCUGGGAGAAGUGGGCCGAGGAGGACGGGUGCCCCACCCUCCCCUCACCUGGAGGAGAGACCCAGCUCUCUUUUCCAAGAAUGAAUGUGCCCUGUGGGUUAUAAAUCCUGGUGAAUGAACAUCCAGCUAUUCACUCAGCAAACACUCUGAGUCACCCCUGCCACACCUGUCCUUCCCAGGGAGCCCCAGGGCCUGGGGACAGAGCUGACCCAGAGGACAAGCUGUGGUCUACAGGGGAGCCCCAGAGGGGCAGCCCGGUCUGCAGCUAAAAUAACCCAACCCCCACAUCCUGAGAACCUGGAGUGAGUAAUGUUUGCAGAGACCACACCCUGUCAGCCAGCCAUUAUUAAAUUCCUGCUGAAUACCGGACUCUGGCUGGGCUGCAGGAGAGGUGCUCGCCCACCGGGGGCCCCUGAGAGGGAGGGUCCUGGGCUAAGAGGUGGGAGAAGACAGGCCUUAAGUAAACUCAUCCCCCUUUCAAAGACAUGUUUACCCCCAAUAACUUCCAAAGAGAAAAUCUCUGUGGGGGACUGCUCCGUCAUUGGUCCAGUGGCUCAGCCCAGUGCCUUGGGAUUUACUGUCCAAGCCGCUGUUUUAAACAUUGUUUUUCUAAUUAUAGUUUCAACAAUUGAUAGAUACAAAAAUUGCAUGAUCGAUAACCUUGUUAGUUGUAACACUGUUCCCAUGAUCGAUUUUAUGUUGCUUGGUAACACUUCCCCAGUUCAAGGACAUGCUGUGUUUUUCCUUUUAGAACCACACUUAGCGUUACUAGCAAGUUGGUAUAAAAAGGUAGCAGACGUGCAUAGCAGCUCUGGUUUAACCAAGGUCCAGGGCAGAGAACGAGAGCUGCUUGAGAAGUUGGGAACAGCCUGUCUUCCUUUUCUCAGCUGUAAAAAGGGAGCUGGGAGCGUCUCCACCCCAGAACUUGUGGUGGCUGAAACCCCAGAACAUGGACCGAGUGACCAGAUACCCCAUCUUCAGCAUCCCCCACUCCCCAGGCAUGGCCGGCCUGGCUCUCAAUGGGGACACCGGUUACACAUACCAGCUGGUGAAUGUGGAGCCCUCGGACAGCAACUGGGGCCAGGACCAGACUGUGGUGUGGGUGGGUGACCGCCAGGCCCCGCCGGACGUGCUGAGGACAGGGGCGUCGUGCAGCCUGCGCACCUUCCUCAGCCAGCCGUCCCUGCAGCUGGAGGACGAUGAGGAUGAGGCGAUGAAGGCCUACCACCUGGACACCAGGGACACCCUGCUCAGGCGGCCACCGGACCUGGAGCAAGAGCGCUGGGCAGUCAUCCAGGGCCAAGCGGUGAGGAAGAGCAGCACGGUGGCCACGCUUCACGGCACCCCUGACAACGGGGGCCCCAGGACCCCCGGACGGCCUCAGCUCACCCCCCUGGAGGAAAACGUGGUCGACAGGGAGCAGAUCAACUUCCUGGCAGCGAGGCAGCAGUUCCUGAGCCUGGAGCAGGCAAAUGCCAGGGUCCCUCCGACCCCGCCAGCCUGGGUGGCCCCGGAGUGUGCCCCACCCAGGAUCAGCCAGGCCCCCCAGGCCCCGAGCACACCGCCCCUCGCCAAUGGCUAUGCCGUCUCGGCCAAGCCCCAGGUGAAGGAGGUGGUCAUGGAACAGAAGAGGGUACGCGGUUUGCCCACCUGGCCUGGCGUCCAGGCUCUGGAAGACCCUGGUGCCCGGUCCCCAGCGGAGUCGCCGGAGGCCCCCAAGGAGACACCCAUCGAGCGGGAGAUCCGAGUGGCCCAGGAGCGCGAGGCAGCUCUGCGCGAGCAGAGGGGGCUGCGGGGGGCAGCGGGCCCCCAGGAAUUGGUGGAGAUACCCACCCGGCCCCUGCUGACCAAGCUGAGCCUGACGGCGGCCCCUCGGCGGGAGAGGGGGCGCCCUUCGCUCUAUGUGCAGCGUGACAUGGCCCAGGAGACGCAGCGCGAGGAGGACCACCGUCGGGAGGGCCUGCAGGGGGGCUGGGUGUCCAAGCCCGACUGCCUCUCCGGGGGCCCCCAGCCCGGGCUCAGGAGAGCACUGAGCUCAGACUCCAUCCUUGGCCUGGCCCCAGACGCCAGGGCGGCCGACCCCUCUCCAGAGCUGAGGAGGGUGAACCGCAUCCCCCCUGACGCCUACCAGCCGUACCUGAGCCCUGGGGCCCCCCAGCCCAGGCUCCCAGCCUUCCACGCACGGGGCAAGCCCGGCGGCCUCGCUGCAGACGAGGCCAAGGCGGUGGCAAAGGCCACAGGGUCUCAGAGGCAUCUCUCGGAAUCCUCUAGAAAACCCUCAGGCACAAAGCAGGAGUCCUGGAAGCCCUCGGGGGCACCCCCACCGGCCAACAGGGGUGUCGUGCGAUGGGAGUACUUCCGCCUGCGUCCCCUGCGGUUCGGGGUCCCAGAUGUGCCCCAGAAGGCCGAGACGCCCCGAACCUGGGGCUGGGAAGUGGCUGGGGCCCCCCCUCUGAGGCUGCAAAGGUCCCAGUCCUCUGAGCUGCUGGAGCGGGAGGUGGAGAGCGUCCUGAGGCGGGAGCAAGAGGUGGCGGAGGAACGACGCAAUGCCCUCUUCCCGGAGGUCUUCUCCCCGCAGCUGGACUGUGACCCCGACUCCAGGAGCUCCUCCCGGGCUUCGGGCACCACCGGCAGCUACUCAGUGUCCGAGUCACACUUCUUCACCCCCAUCCGCCUGCACUCGGGCCUGGUGUGGACGGCAGAGGCCCCUGCUGAGGCGACUCCUGGGCAGAGAAAGAAGAAGGAGCAGUGGUAUGCCGGCAUCAACCCCUUGGACCACGUCAACUCGGAGGUCCUGGAAGCCACGCGGGUGACCCGCCACAAGAACGCGAUGGCCGAACGCUGGGAAGCCGGUGUCUAUGCCAGUGAAGAUGAGGACUGAGCCUGCAGACGGGGGCACCUUGACCCUCUGGGAACUGCCAAGACCAGCCCCUAGUCCCCCCGCUUUAGGAAACAGGUCCCCGUUUAAACCCACAAUCCGAGGACCACAAAUGAUAAACCCACAAUCCGAGGAUGGGUGUGCGCCCUGACCCGAGGGCUUUCUUUUCUGAUUUUAUUUUCCUAGAGAAAUUGUUCUGCUUUUUCUGGGUCUAAAGCUGGGGAUGAAACGGGACCUCUGUCAAUUCUUCCUGCUCCUAGGACUUUGCCAAACGCUCUUGGUCCAAGAAGAAAGGAGACCCGCUCCCCUCCCCCACUCCAGUUGUCAUUGCUCCCACUAGUCUGAGGGCAGAGAGGCUGGGUAGGGGGGGCAUGGGUCCUGGCACCUUGAGGAGCUGCCGGUCUGCGGAGGGGCACCCUCGGCCCCCCUCUAAGUCCCAAUCUGAGAAGGGGGACGUGCCCCCACUCCACCCCUGGGAAACCGUCCAGUCUGAGGAAGGAAACCUGAGCACCCAGUCUGAGGGCCUCCGCACUGCCCUGCAGGCCCCGGGGACAGCACAUGACCUGCAGAACAAGGGCUUGAUUUGUGGGCUAAAGGGGUUCUUCUGUUCCCCCCAAACUGCUUGUCCACCUCCACCGUGAAAUAAACCCUCCUCCCUCUGGUUCA